ACCAUGUUGAGGAAUACACGCGCUUGCCUUUUCUCUUUCUUUUUUUUUUUUUUCUCUCACUUGCAGUCGUCUGCCUGAGAGGUUGAACUUUAAACACAUCUUAGUGUAAGGAGUGUCUGUCGAACAGCUGCAACACUGUAUUUUCUCGAUGAUUUUGACUGCAACUGAAGAGCACUCCGGCGUGUAUGUAUAUGCUUCCAAUAAAAUUCAGGGGGUGGAUAAACAGUAGAGCAUAAGUUCUGACUGAAAAGAAUGAGAUCAGUGCUCAAGUUUAGCAUUAACCCAUCAGCUUGUCAUUAACCCACUGUAGACUUGUGUCUGUAUAAAGAGGUGGCAAGUUUUGUUUUUUGCCUCAAAGCCUCAUGGCUCAAAGUCCCUGUAGAGUCACAUCCUGCAAUUGUCUCUGGAGGGUGGGUGGAUAGAGGAGAGCGUAAAAACGUCAAGAGCAACAGGACUGAGGGCGAGACUUUUUAGGUUUUUCAAGUCAUCUGAGGUCGACAGAAGCCACCACUGAGAACCAUGUCUGCUGCAGCUCUGGAGGAGUACUGUGGAUCUGUGUUCUGGAAUGACUCAUACCUCGACAGAGAGGACCCAGACCUCCCAGUAUGUGUGGAGCAGACGGUGCUGGUCUGGAUCCCCCUGACUCUUCUGUGGCUUUGCGCCCCGUGGCACCUGGUGACUCUCUGCAGAAGAACACAAGUGAACACCAAACACCUGUCCAAGCUUUACCUCUGCAAACAGCUUGUGGUAUCUCUGCUGUUCCUGACGGCCAUAGCAGCCCUAGCCGUCACAUUAGGAGAGGAUUUUGGUCCGAACAAUGACCAGCCUUCAACACAAAAGAACCCUGGGGUGUACUACGCAAACCCCGUCCUGUACGCUGUCUCAUGGGUCCUGGUAUUGCUGUGUCAGGAGGGGGUGAGGCGGACGGAAGGAGCGGUUGAUUCUGCCACUCUCUUCACCUUUUGGAUGCUUCAGGUUUUGUGUGAUAUCUUCCCUUUCCAGACCCUCCUAAGAGAGGCACUCAGGCAGGGAGAGAUCAGUGAUGUCCCUCGUUUCUGCCUCUUCUACAUCAAAUUUGCACUGGAACUGUCUGCAUGGAUACUCUCCGCCAUUGCUGACAUAUCACCAGACAUAGAGGAGCGGGCGAAAAAGAAUCCUGAAGCAGGUGCAGCCUUUUUGAGUCGAAUCACUUUCAACUGGAUCAACAGUAUGGUGUUUAAUGGCUACAAACGCCCCCUGGUUCAGGACGACAUGUGGGAGCUGAAUGAGGUGGACAGCACAGCCUACCUAAACAACAACUUCCAAUUUUUCAUGCAGUCAGAAUUGGCAGCAGCUCGAGUUCAUCUCCAAAACUGGUUAAAGAAGAAAGAGGACAGGGACAGACAGAAAGCCCAGGAAGAGGCCCUUCAAAAUGGCCUGUCCAAUGGUUUGGGCAAAGGUGUCAGUCAGGAUGUGCUGAUGAUGGAGGAAAAGGGGAAGGAUGAGGAACAUAAAGACGAGAAGAAAAAGAAGAAGAAGAAGAAGGAAGAAAAAAAGAAGGAAGACGAAGACUAUCCCAAUUCAUGGCUGAUUUCUACCAUUUAUAAGACCUUUAAGGGCAUUCUGCUUGAAUCUGCCUUCUUCAAACUUCUGCAGGAUUUAUUAGCUUUUGUUAGUCCUCAACUAUUGAAAUUGAUGAUUGCCUUUACUCAGGAUAAAACCAGUUAUUCCUGGGUAGGGUAUCUAUAUGCUGUGCUUCUGCUAGUGGUGGCUCUUCUGCAGUCUCUCUUCCUGCAGCAGUACUUCCAGCGCUGCUUUGUCCUAGGGAUGAAGGUUCGCACUGCCAUUAUGGCCGCUGUAUACAAAAAGGCCUUGGUGGUAUCAAAUGACACCCGUAAAGAGGCAACAGUUGGAGAAACAGUCAACCUGAUGUCAGCAGAUGCCCAGCGUUUCAAUGACGUGACCAACUUCAUCCACCUGCUCUGGUCCUGCCCUCUGCAGAUUAUCUUGUCCAUAGUUUUCCUGUGGCUGGAGCUUGGUCCCUCUGUGCUGGCAGGACUGGUAGUCAUGGUGUUAAUGGUACCAAUUAAUGGACUGCUCGCGACGAAGGCUAGAAAGAUUCAGAUAGAAAAUAUGAAGUUCAAGGACAAGAGAAUGAAAAUCAUGAAUGAAGUGCUCAAUGGAAUCAAGAUCCUCAAACUGUAUGCAUGGGAGCCCUCCUUUCAAGCUCAGGUAGAGGGAAUUAGGGGACAAGAACUGACGGUCAUGAAGAAGUUCGCCUACCUUACAUCCGUCUCCACUUUUAUAUUCAGCUGUGCACCAGCUGUGGUUUCUUUGGCUACAUUUGCAGUGUUCGUAGCAGUUAGUGAGGAGAACCUGUUGACAGCUGAGAAGGCUUUCACUUCCAUCUCUCUCUUCAAUAUUCUCCGAUUUCCGCUUGCGAUGCUGCCCAUGCUUAUUGCCGCCAUUGUGCAAACGUCAGUGUCAAAGAAGCGCCUUGAGAAGUUUCUUGGAGGUGAAGAACUUGAAAGUGACAUUGUGCAACAUGACCCCACCUUUGACUCCGCUAUUAGUAUUCGUGACGGUUCCUUUGCUUGGGAAAAAGAAGCUGAGCCACUGCUGAAUAACGUGUCCUUGGACAUUAAACCUGGUCGGUUGGUUGCAGUAGUGGGAGCUGUUGGGUCAGGGAAAUCUUCUCUCAUAUCAGCGCUCCUCGGAGAGAUGCACAGAAAGAAAGGCUUCAUCAACAUUAAGGGUUCACUUGCCUUUGUGCCACAACAAGCCUGGAUCCAAAAUGCAACUUUGAGGGACAAUAUACUGUUUGGUUGUCCACAUGAGACAGAGAGAUUCCAGAAGACCAUAGAGGCCUGUGCCCUAGUGCCUGACCUUGAGCUGCUGCCUGGAGGAGACCAAACAGAGAUCGGAGAGAAAGGUAUCAACCUCUCAGGAGGACAGAAACAGCGAGUGAGUUUGGCCCGGGCAGCCUAUAGCGAGGCUGAUAUUUAUUUAUUGGAUGAUCCCUUGUCUGCUGUGGACUCUCAUGUAGGAAAACAUCUCUUUGAUAAAGUGAUUGGACCAAAUGGAAUACUCAAAGACAAGACUCGCGUUCUGGUGACCCAUGGAGUGAGCUUCUUACCUUUUGUGGAUGAAAUAAUAGUCUUGGUAGAUGGAAAGGUUUCAGAAAUUGGAUCCUAUAACAGCCUUCGUGCCAGCAGAGGAGCUUUUUCUGAGUUUCUUGACACAUAUGCCAAAGAACAAAGUAAUCAGGACCAGUCAAAGAAAGAUUAUUCCCAGGACACUGAAGAUGUAGAGCUGAUCCCUGAGAGUCAGGACGCUCAGCCUGAUUCCCCUCUUGAAGACACAGUGUCUGUUACUUUAAAAAGAGAAAACAGCAUCCGACGCAGCCAGCGUGGCGGCAGCGUGAGACUAAGAAAAAAUAAUUCUAUAAAAAAGUCAGAAGAUGCUGGUGAAACUAAAAAGGGCCAGAAGUUAAUAGAAAAGGAGGCCAUGGAAACAGGACAGGUCAAGUUCUCAGUCUACCUCCAGUACCUACGUGCCAUGGGCUGGGGAUACGCAGUCAUAGUCUUCGUGAUUUACUUCAUCCAGAACAUCGCUUUCAUUGGUCAGAAUCUGUGGCUGAGUGACUGGACCAAUGAUGCAGAGACGUACUUCAACGUGACUUACCCUGCCUGGAAACGUGAUACCAGAGUCGGAGUCUUCGGAGCUCUAGGAGUAGCUCAGGGUUUCUUUGUCUUCCUGGGUACAUUCCUCUUAGCCAAUGCUUCAGUUGCUGCAUCUCGUAUCCUACACUCAAGACUGCUUAAUAACAUACUGCGAUCUCCCAUGGUAUUUUUUGACACAACACCCACUGGAAGAAUAGUCAACCGUUUUGCAAAGGAUAUAUUCACAGUGGAUGAAGCCAUUCCACAGUCCUUCCGCUCCUGGCUGCUUUGUCUGCUGGGUGUCCUGGGGACGCUGUUUGUCAUCUGUCUGGCCACUCCUUUCUUCGCCAUUAUCAUUAUUCCUCUGGCUUUUAUCUACUGGUUCGUACAGCGUUUCUAUGUUGCCACUUCAAGGCAGCUGCGCCGGCUGGACUCGGUGUCUCGCUCUCCUAUAUACUCUCAUUUCGGUGAGACGGUAUCAGGACUGUCAGUGAUAAGAGCAUACGGUCAUCAAGAUAGGUUUCUCAAGCACAAUGAAAUAACCAUUGAUGAAAACCUCAAGACUGUCUACCCGUGGAUCGUGUCCAACAGAUGGCUGGCCAUUCGUCUGGAGUUUGUGGGAAACCUAGUGGUGUUUUUUGCGGCUCUGUUUGCCGUUAUUUCCAGAGACAGUCUGAGCAGUGGCCUGGUUGGCCUUUCUAUAUCCUAUGCCCUAAAUGUAACCCAGACACUUAACUGGCUUGUAAGAAUGACCUCAGAGCUGGAAACCAAUAUUGUUGCUGUGGAGAGAGUGAACGAAUACACAGAGAUUGAAAAUGAGGCUAAGUGGAUAACUGACAAACGGCCACCGGAGAAGUGGCCUGAGGAAGGAAGGCUACAGUUUGAUGAUUACAAGGUUCGAUACAGGCCUGAAUUAGAGCUGGUGCUGCAUGGAAUCACCUGUGACAUUAACAGCACUGAAAAGAUUGGUAUAGUGGGUCGCACAGGAGCUGGAAAAUCGAGCCUAACCAACUGCUUGUUUAGAAUAAUUGAAGCUGCUGAGGGUCGGAUCAUCAUCGAUGAUAUUGACAUUUCCACAAUAGGCCUGCAUGAUCUCAGAAACAGGCUCACAAUCAUACCACAGGAUCCUGUGUUGUUUUCUGGAACUCUGAGAAUGAACCUGGAUCCAUUUGACAAAUUCAGUGAUGAGGAGAUUUGGAGAGUACUGGAGCUCUCCCAUCUGAAGGAUUAUGUAUCUGGGCUGCAGGAGAAAUUACAGCAUGAAGUUGCAGAAGGAGGAGAGAACCUUAGUGUUGGACAGAGGCAGCUUCUGUGUCUGGCACGUGCACUGCUGAGACAGUCUCGUAUUUUAAUUCUGGAUGAAGCCACAGCCGCUGUAGACCUGGAGACGGAUAAUCUGAUUCAGAAUACCAUCCGUAAAGAGUUUUCCCACUGCACAGUCCUCACCAUUGCACAUCGCCUGCACAGCAUCAUGGACAGCUCAAGGGUAAUGGUGCUCGAUGCUGGUAAAAUAGUGGAAUUUGACUCUCCAAGCAACCUGCUCAUCAAACAAGGCCAUUUCUAUUCCAUGGCAAAAGAUGCUGGGAUAACACAAGUGGAGGACACAGUUCUCUGAUUUGCCAAAUUUUGUUUUUGCUUGUUUUUUCCAUUUGUUUUAUUUCAUUAAUUUCUUCUAUGGUUAGACUGUGAAAAUUAUAUUUUCUUCUACAUAAAUAAGUAUUGUAACGUUUGUAUUUAUAGGAAGAGAUUUAAAGAAAUGAUAUUCUUUGUACAUAAUUUUUUUGUAUCUGAACAAUGUGUACCUUGAUUUUUAAUGAAUUGUUAAAAUGUUGCAUCCCCUGUGUUGAAACUUGUUUAUGUCAGACCUAUAUGGGUGCGUCUAUGAAACUGGGUUCAUUUUGGUACCUGGCACUUUGCCAGCUUUUUUAGACCCAAUAAUAAAAAAGAAAUUUAAACAUAUUUCCCCCCAGGAUGUACCUAAUGAUGACCUCAG